AUGGGAGAUACUAUAAAAGAUGAAGAAAACACACCAAUGAGGGAAGGUUCAAAUAGCCCACCAAACAACAACAAUAAUAAUAAUAACAAGAGAGAUGAAUCACCAAAUAGAAGUUUAAGUAGAGGAAGGGGAGACACUGCUGCUAGUGGUAGAUCACCUAGUCGAAGCAGAAGUCCCCGUGGAGGAGGUAGAUCACCAAGUCGCACUCCAAGUCCCCGACGUAAUAGAUCACCUUCUCCAUCACCACUUGGACGUGGUGGCAACAGACCAAGAAGCAACAGCAGAAGUAGAAGUCCAUUAUACAAGCGACGAAAUAGAUCACCAUCUCCCAUGUCACGAGGAGGAGGAGGAGGUGGUGGAAGAGGUGGUAGAGGUAGAUCACCAUCACCAAUGCGAAGAGGUGGAAGAGGUAGAUCACCAUCACCAAUGAGAAGAUCGCCAGUUCGUGGUAGAGGAAAUAGAUCACCUUCACCAAUGCGUGGAUAUAGAGGAUUCAGAGGUGGAUCUCCACCAAGAGGUGGAAAUGGAGGUGGUGGUAGAGGUAGAUCCCCUCCAAGAGGUGGAAAUGGAGGUGGUAGAGGUAGAUCUCCAUCACCAAGAGGAGGUGGAUAUAGAGGUGGAAAUGGAGGUGGAGGAGGUAGAUCUCCAUCACCUAGAGGUGGAUAUAGAAGAGGUGGAGGAUCACCUCCAAGAGGUGGAAGAGGAGGAGGAGGAGGAGCUAGAUCACCAUCACCAAUGCGUAGAUCACCUAUUCGUGGACCUCCAAGAGGUGGUAGAUCACCUUCACCAAUGUCACGUGGACGUUCACCAAUUAGAAAUCGAUCACCAUCACCAUCAGGAGCAAGAAAUGGAGAAAAUAGUAAUGGGCAAGCGAUGGAUAAAUCAAGAUCUCGAUCAAGAGAGUUUAGUUUAUCACCUUUAAGAGUCGAUCGAUUGACACCCAACGUUUCAAAGGAGAAUCUAAUAGAGAUAUUUUCAACAUUUGGAAAGGUCAAAGACGUGGAAAUUAUGUACGAUCGAAAGAGCAACCAACCCACUGGCAUUGCCUAUGUAACAUUUUUCAUCAAAGACGAAAGAAAUCGUGCUAAAAAGUAUUUAGACGGUGGAGAAAUUGAUGGCACCGUCGUAGGUGUUAGAUUCUUGAAACAUUUUAGUAAUAAUAAUUAUAGAGGAGGUAGAGGAGGUGGUGGAAAAAUGGAUAAUUAUAAUAGAGGUGGAGGUAGAAAUAGAAGACCAUAUUCACCUCCAAGAGGUGCAAGACGUUAUUCAUCACCACAAAGAGGUGGAGAUCAUAGAAGAAGAAGAUCUCCAAGUAGAUAA